AUGGUUUCCCUUCACCUUGGUUUCCCACCUAUUGACGAAUCUUCUUACAUUGAGAGAGCAGUGGUAGUGGAAAGCCUCCCACAAUUCUUGGCAGACAAGCACCAACCUGCUUCACUUAAUGCCUUUAUUUGCAACAGACAAGAAGCUCAACUUCUCAAGGAAUUGGUUUCUCAUGGCUCUUGCCCUCAUAUUUUGCUCAAAGGACCCUCUGGUUCCGGGAAAAGAGAGCUAGCAAUGGCUCUUCUUAGAGAAAUAUAUGGUGAUGCAUGUUAUUAUCUGUCUCAUGAUUUAAGACACUUCCCUAUUCAGGACCAAAGGCUUAAGAAAGUCUCUGUACCCAUAACAUCCAGUCCUCAUCACAUGGAGCUAGAUGUAAAUUCAGAACCAAAUGACAAAUAUGCUUUAAUGGGAUUAAUCAAAGAAAUAAGCAAUAUAUAUGCUAUUGCCCCUGAAGUAAGCAAUAUUAAUUUCAAGUCAGAUUUUAAAGCACAUUAUCAAAUGGGUAGCCGCUAUUCUGAUAUAUGCAAAUUAGUACUCUGCUGUGAAGAUGAUGCAGACAUCAUUGAAGCUGUGAAAAAUCGGUUCAAAACUGUACGAGUUGAUGCUCCUCAAGCUCACCAAGUUGUUGAGGUUCUUAUGCAGAUAGCAAAGAAUGAGAAAUUUGAUCUGUCCAUGAACUUUGCUACGAAGAUUGCUACAAAAUCUAAGCAGAACCUCAGAAAAGCAAUCAUGGCUCUGGAAGCAUGCAAAGCACACAAGAGCUUCCGACUGGAAACAUUUACUUUAACAUUCCUAGAAAAUUGUCUCCAUAGACUAAAUAGGCUUACUCUCAAUUCGAGGGAAAUUUCAAAUGCUUCUCUUGGAUUUUGUCCAGCCGAAAUUGAUUCUCCUGGUAACGAAUAA